GAAAGGCUCCUCUUGCGGUUACUUGCUCGGCCGCCGGUACUCUUCCUGCGAAACCAUUGCCCUUAUUUCUUCCUCGACGAAAAGCGGGAAGAGAAGCGCUCUCUGAGGAAAAAAAGGGCUGGCCGUGGGCGUUUCUCAAGCCAGGUGGCGGAGCUCCCACGCCAGACCUGAAGCUGGAGAGGGGACGCGGUGGCUUCUUUCCUGGCGCUUCCUCAGGGCUUCUCGCCCGGUCGCCGCCAUUUUGAGGCGCUGCGGGUCGCCGCCGGCACCUGUCGGGGCACUUUUGUGGACCCGUGGUUGGUGGUAGGGCUCAUAGAGCUGCGUGCCCUCGCCUGGCCCGCUUCCUCCCCGCCCGGGAAAGCUACUAAGGCAUGAGUAGACUGAGCUAAAGUAAAGAAAUGCAGGUGCAACAGGCGCCCUGACUCUUCUCCCCCGACAUCCCACGGAAGGGUCCAGGCAAAGUAAUGCUCAAAGUGUUGCAAUAAAGACUUUUCCCUUAUAUGGAGUGAAAAAUGACUGAUGUUCAUACUGGAUUCUGAAAUGGAAGAGGCAGUUGAGAUCAUAUUACUGAUAUCCACUGGCUACUGAAGUACCAAAGAAUUUUAGAGUAAUAUCUGUCCUGUGCUCUGAUCCUCUUUUCAGCCAGAAGAAUUGAGGUAACCUUAUCAACUGACCUUCUGGAAUCCAUAUGUUGCUGUUAAAUGCCAGCGACUUUUUGAAGCACCGUAUUGCUCACUGAUGUAUUGCAACCAUUUUUCCAGCUGAAAUACCUGUCAAGAUGUUCAAAAAUGAGUAUCAGGGUGGCCCAUUUGUGGAAAUCUUCAGUGCUCAAGGCAAAAAUCCAGGAGCAAAGUGGAAAAUUUUUGGCAGCCCAUCAGUAGUUGAAAAAGAAUUUGAUAAGGAAGUGAAAGGGUUCGUUUUUGUUCUGGAAGGAAGUAGUCAAACCAAUAAGAUGCAGCUUCCAAAGGAAACAAGACAAACUCUUGGAUUGAUCCAGCAGUUUCUGGUACUUCAGAUUUAUGUACCAUUGGGACAAGACUUCUCAACUGAGCUCCUGAUAACUGAUUUAGGAAACAUCAAAAGAAGAUUGUAUUUAUCAACAAUCCAUAAGGAAUUGUCUGUAACCCCUCUGCAUGCAAAAAUUCCUCUCUUUAUGAUCAAGCGCAAAAUUUGGUGUAAUCUGUGCAUUGACUUAGUGGCAUUCACCAGUGAGAUAUUCAAAGGAGCUGUUUUCCAAUCCUUGGAUGGCAUCAUUGUUUCAGCUAACUGUAAACUGCGGAAAAUUUUCACGUUGAAAUCAAAACCUUUGGACACAACUGAUGGAGAUGCUGAUGGGGCAACAGAUACAAUUCCUCGAGCUUGUCAGUUAAAUUCAGAUGUGCCACAAUUCACACAGGUGUUGAAUAUGAACAAGCUGCGCUCAACAGAACAGAAACAUGGAGGUCAUCUCUUAACCGCACCAGAAUUAGUAGACCAUCCAAUAAACCGAAGAUCAGCUACCACACGGAACAGUAAAAAUCAAGAUGUAUCUCACAUUGCAUUUGGAUCUAAGGUCUUUGGGCCACCACCUUCAGGCCGGAAAUUCAGCACAAAAGCAUCAGGGGAGGUAAUAAAAUCUGCAAGCUCUAGGACUCACAGGUCAUGCCAAAUGCCAACUGUGGAAAAGGGAAGGGAGACAAUACAAGUCUCUGGCACAUCUAAACAAUCUCCCUCGCCGCUUGAUAUGGCUGUUGAUCAAGGAAACAAAGAAAAUAUUCACCACACAAGUCAGGUGUCGUUGGAGAAGGAUGAAUGGAUCUUUCCUGAUAAGGAAAGUUCUCAACUGGAGUCCAGCAAUCAGUCACUAAUGGAUUGCAAAAUGCGUUGUAGCUUUUCAACCUCCCCACUGAGUGAUGACAAGCCCUGUGAAAACAGACAAACAGCUGAAGAACAGCAGGAGGAUAUUUUCACCUAUUCCUCAAAACCAAGAUCUGCUCCCCAUGGGAAACCUCUGAAUCUUUCACCAGAAAGCUGCAGCAUUUCUUUGGAUUUAAAAGAGGAGAUUGGUGAAGUCUGCCGUGGAGCUCAAAUGGAAGAAGAUUUCUAUGGAAAUGAGAGCAGUGAAGAGGACGAUAGCUACAGUGAAUUCAUGCAGGAGGCUCAGAAUAGCUCUUUUACAUCAAUUUCAUCGGAACCUGUUAUUUCCAAAGAGAUUCCAGUCAGAAUGACAUCUCAAAGUCCUAAAAACUGGGAAGACAGAGGACAGGAAAAGCAAACCAACGAAGAAGCACCAAGUACAGAAGAUUCCACUGUGAUGGCGGGAAAAGCAAAGAAAAUUCAUAAAAGUCUUCUGCCUACUUCUUGCUUGUCUCCAACAGGAAGCAUACGUGACCCCUGUAAGGAAAUGUCUGGGAUUAGAAGUCCAUUAAGAGCUUCCAUAAGUAGAAAAUCCCUCAAAGAAAUUCCACAGGAGAAUUCAGAUCUGAUAUCCCAGACUUCUGAAUAUGACUGGAGAAACUACCAAGCAAGCAACAUGACUGCUUCUGAAUAUCAAAUGUUGGCCAGUAUGAAAAGGCAGCACAAUGAAGAACUGGAAGAUAAUGGGCCAUCUCAUGGAUUAAGUGCAUCUCAGAUUGACAAUUGUAACAUCAGUAUCAGUACAAGCAGUGAUGAUGCAACAACCUGGAAUUCAUGUCUCCCAGAGCCUGCCAACCAAGGGUGCCACUAUCAGAAAGAAAUGAACCCUCUUUCCCAUUCCAACCCACGAGACUGGCUAAAUGUAUAUAGCCCUCCUAUAAUUCUGCCCAGUCAACAGGAGGUAGAACAUGCUGAAACCACAGCAAACCUGAGUCACCAAGGUGAAGGUGACCGCAUGGCUGAAGAAGAUGAAGUACUUACUCUCUUGUACGACCCCUGCCUAAACUGUUAUUUUGAUCCUGAAACUGGGAAAUACUAUGAGUUAGCAUAAGCCGUUUUCAAGGCCAAGGAACAUGGCCCUUCUUCCAAACUGUUCCAGCAUUUGGAUCUUGUUCCAAAUACUAAUUUAAAACCUGUUUCUAUUAUUAUUAUGUUCUCCAGAUUCUUGUUGCAUGUGCAAACCGAACUAAAAGAUUGGAAAAAUACCACACAAUCCUUCUCCAACUGCCCCUGAUAGAUUUGUGCUGUACUUUAACUGAUUGCCUAGGAGGGUUUUCUGCUCUUCAUACCCGUGUUUUAAGCUAUCUGAUACUAUAUAAAAUAUGGAAAGAUACCUUCUAAGUGUGCGAACAAAUUACGGUGAAUCAAAGACAUUUGACAGGUUAAACUGUGAAUUACAGUGUGAUGAUUUUUCCAUUCUUUCAUGUCCAAUAAUUUAAGUGGUUGUUUUGCAUUUUUGCACUUCAGGAAAUACAAUGUGAUAUUCAAAGGGAAGUGUUAUGUGAACUUUUUUAUUCUUUGAUAAAACAAUAUUUCUUUGUUUUCCCAAAAUAUCAAAUGCUUUUGUAGGGUUUUUUUGACAUAUUUUGUGAACCUUGCAAAGACAUACAUCGUCCUACCACUGCCAUCUCUGCCACCUCGCGCUGGAAUUGCAAUGCUACACACACAAAAAUAGAAUUUAUGGGGCAGGGGCAAGAAAAAGGCCCAUUCCCUUGCUUGACUUGAUCAAAAGGAAGCACCUUCCACAAUCUAGUGGUCAGUCACAAAUCCAUGCCCUUGUCAUUGGUCACCACACGGUAACAGAGAAGUGGUACUGUACACUCCCAUCUCUUGUGUGGCCAGUGUUAUCAGAGAAUGGUUUCAGUGCACCUUACAUAGUGGCAGUGCUACAGCUAAGCAGAGCAAGCUCAGUCAAUACUUUG